AUGUGUUCACCACGUUGGCUUGUCACCUUGGGACUUUUCUGCGCCUUGUCUGUCAGAGCGUUGGAUCUCAACUCUUUUACGGGACAAGCUCAAGUUCUCGGUCGCCAGCGCGAGAUGAUCUUGAAUCAGCACCAAGAGGAUGGACUAGUGAAACCCAUGCGUAUGAUGGCCGAGCCAGAAGCGGACGACUCGGACGGAAAAUGCACCAAGACGAAAGGCUGUAAGCUAGGUUGCUGCGGUCCAUUGAACAAACAAGGUGUCGGAAUCUGUGGCACUGGUCCAAAGUUCUGCGGCAAAGGCUGCACAUCAGAGUGCGACUACAAGUCGGAAUGCGAUCCAGGCGGCUGGGGCCUCAAAUAUUCCAACUUCACCACCUGCCCACUGAACGUCUGCUGUAGCGACUACGGCUUCUGCGGCACCCUGCCCAGCUACUGCAAAGGCAAGACAGUUGCCUCGCCCAAGUGCGACAAAGCGAAGCACUCUUCAGACAAGAGGACCAUUGGGUACUAUGAGGGCUGGAACUAUCAGAGGCCCUGCGGUAACAUGGAGCCUGAGGACAUUUCGCUCGGAUACUACACGCACAUCAACUUUGCCUUUGCCCUUAUCAACCCUGAUACUUACCGCCUGGAUCCGAUGGAUGCAGGAACAGCCUCUCGCUACGGGAGAGUUUCUGCACUGAAGCAGCACCAAAACGAUCUUGAGGUCUGGAUUGCCAUCGGAGGAUGGGCUAUGAACGACCCUGGGAAGUAUCGAACAGUUUUUUCUGAUCUUGCCAAGUCUGAGAAGAAGCAAGACGCUUUCUUUGACUCCCUUGUCACGUUUCUGCAGCGAUACGACUUUGACGGUGUCGAUCUUGACUGGGAGUAUCCAGUCGCAGAAGAUCGAGGCGGCGUAGAGGAAGACUUUGAGAAUUACGUUAACCUUUUGGCCCGGCUUCGGAAGAGACUUAAUUCUUCAGGUCGCAAAUACGGCUUGACCUUGACACUGCCCGCCUCUUAUUGGUACCUCAAGGGUUUCGACAUCGUCAACAUGGAAAAGUAUCUCGAUUGGUUCAACAUCAUGACGUACGACAUUCAUGGCGUCUGGGAUGAGAACAUCGAGUCCCUCGGUCCUUACGCGCACGCACAUACCAAUCUCACAGAGAUUCAACAGGGCCUCGAGCUUCUCUGGAGAAACAACAUCAAUCCCGAACGGGUUGUCAUGGGCCUUGGCUUCUACGGUCGAAGCUUCACGAUGAAGAGCCCCAGCUGCAUGGACGCUGGGUGCGACUUUAGCUCAGGCGCCAAAGGCGGCGAAUGCACUGGCACCAAGGGCGUUCUCUCAGCAAGCGAGAUCAAUAAGAUCAUCAAGAAUGGAGGAAAGAUGAAGCUUGACAAGGAGGCAGCCGUGCAGAUUGUGACCUGGGACUCAAACCAGUGGGUUUCUUGGGAUGAUGCCAAGACGCUCAAGAUGAAGCUUGACUAUGCCAACGAGAAUUGUCUUGGAGGAACCAUGGUCUGGGCGAUAGAUUUGGAUGAUGGUACGCUUAUUGAGGCGCUUGGGAAAGGCAUCAAGCGUAAGAAGUCACGGGUUUCCCCACCUGAGAUGAUUGUGAACUGUUUUCGUAAGGGAAGCUCUCUUCACGAAGAGCUGUAA